AUGGACGAUUUCGAGACAAAAGAAGAGAAAAAGUUGCGGAGGAAACGGGAGAAAGAGGAGGAGCUUGAUGACGAUAUUUUGCCGGCGACCGGUCUCUACGACACAGAUGGUCAUCUCUUCUACCACGCCUCGGUCGCCCCAAUGACAAAAUCUCAAUACAAACGAGCCGAAGAGCACGGAAUAAACCUCCGAUCGAGAAAGAACUUCACACUGGAAGAGUCCGUUCAAAUCUUCCAAAACUGGCGGAAAUUCGCCGAGGAGAAUAAUAUACAGUUGAAUAAAGCGUUAGAUUAUAUUAAUGUGAAGAGAAAUGACAGAGUGAUGGCUCAACAUCAGGAGCAGAACCACUUUUGGGUUAAGAUGUGCACCGGUCUCCCGCACCGAGCCGGUCAACGGAUAAAAGCACGUGCCAUGAACAUGCUUACUGAUGAAUUCCUCGAAUCUCUUGACUGGAAACGUCUCCCUGAAGAAAUCCGACUGAAAUUCUACAAAUACGAGGCUUACGAUGAGUUGACACUGAAAAAAAUGCAGAAACUAAUGGAGAGAGGGUACGCUUCCACGUAUGCAGCCGAUAUUCUCAAUGUUCCCGCCUCGAAAGCGGUGAAUAUUACAGCGAAAUUGAGGAAUUUGGCGGGAAGAGAGGAUCCGACGAUGAUUUCCAAGUUUUGGGAAUCCGCCACGUCGUUCGGCGUCGACGUCUCCAGAAUCCGUCACCACGUCAUCCUCGACGACGACUACGAACUCGAUCGUCUCCGUCAAAACGUCCAAAUCACGGAGCUCAGUUUCCAUCUUCAUUUGCCUGAAAUUCGGUGUCGAGAGCUGCUGAAAACGUGUCUGAAAAUGAUUUCAGACAAGUUUCGAGAGGCGAAAACAGAUGGGGACACUGAUGACGUAGCGUGGGAAAAGGCGCUGGGAGAGAUGUCGUCAAAACCUCUAAUUGAAGAGCACCAAAUCUACAAAGCGCUGGAAAUUUUCUGUCAAAAUGCGGAGAAAGACGAUACGAGUGCCACGUUGAGACAGAAUAGUCGACUGGCGAAAUUAAUGAAAACGCACGGAAUCACGGAUUUCCAAUGCGAUCAACCCGAAUUCAAGUAUCUCCACUAUCGUUGUUGUCUCGAGUUAAUGUCCCCCCUGGAAAGAGACCUCUUCCAACACUUGCGACGUGGAUUCCGAUUCCAACUCAAACUUCAUUGCCUUCUUUGGAGUUAUAAGCGAUUGGAGGUCUGGCAGAAAAUGGGCGUGGCGAAUGAAAAAACUCUCUAUGAGACGGUGCUGGAGGCGGAGCUUGCCAACCCGCUGGUCAGCAAAAUGACGCGAAAAUUUUUGAAAAAUGAGAAAGUUGUUGAGUGGAUUAUGAAACCUCGGCCACCGAAAAACCGACGGAAUGCGGCGACUCGCAGAGUGGAAGCCGCGGUUGAGGCGUUUAUUCUGUACACGUCGCGCGGGAAUUCAAAUUUUUCAAAAAAUUUCAAAUUUCCCGCCAAACUCCGCCCACUCAUCGAAAACUCCACGUGCUCUACAAUUAAAUCGAUAAUUUUGGAUUCUGAAAAUUCGGAAUUCUUAUCGAUAAAAGAGAUCAAAAAUCAAGUGGAAACAGCGGCGGGGGAGAAGAUUUCUGUGAAAAUUCGAAAUAAAGCGAUUGUGAUGAGGCAGGAGGAUUCUGGAGACUCUGACGACGAUUCUGGAGAUUCAGAAGACGUCACGAGGCUUCUGGAGCACUCACGGGCGGUCAGAAGCCAGAUUUUGGAGCAAGAAGUUGAGGAUAUUCUGGAGAAGGCGGAUCCGGCGAAAAUUCGAAAAAAAUUCAGAAAUCGAGAAGAGGAAAAUGUGGAGGAAAUAGUGUUGGAUAAGGAGAUACGCAGACAGAAAAAGGUUUUGGAUAGGGCGAAGAAUCAGAAGACGUUGACGACGGAGCAGGAGAGGAGAAUCUGCUCGAAGGAAUUUGUGGAGGAGGAUUCGAGUUCUGAUUCAGAUGACGACGUCAAGGAUUCAGAAACCCCUGACGAUGCUCUAGAAGUUCCAGAAGCUCCAGAAGACGUGGAGGAUUCUGAAUUCAGGAAUGUUACGAAACGAAAAAAACAGAGAAAAAUGGAUUCUGAAGACGUCAUGCCUUCAGAAUCCCAGGAAGAUUCUGAGCCAGUGAAGUCAAAAGACGUCCCUGAAGAUUCGGAAGCUGUGGCUAAGAAGAAGAAGAAGAUGAAACGGAAGAAUCGGGAUUCAGAAGACAUCGGAGAAGGUAUUGAGAGUUCAGAAGGCGUCGUCAUGGAUUCAGAAGACGUCCCUGAGGAUUCAGAAGACCUUACGAUGGAUUCAGAAGCUGUGGCUAAGAAGAAGAAGAAGAAGAAACGGAAGAAUCGGGAUUCAGAAGGCGUCGUCAAGGAUUCAGAUGAGGUCGGCGAGGAUUUAGAAGACGUCCCGAUAAAUCCAGAAGCUGUGGCUAAGAAAAAGAAGAAAAAACGGGAGAAUCUGAAUUCAGACGACGUUCUUGAAGAUUCUGAAGAUUUCACGAUGAAUUCAGAAGCUGUGGGUAAGAAGAAGAAGAAGAAACGGAAGCAUCGGGAUUCUGAAGGCGUGGGAGAUUCAGAAGACGUCGAGGAGCACGCUAUGACAGACAACGAUUCGUAUCGAAAAAAGACAAAACGAGAGGAAGAGCACGAUUUGGAUUUUUUGCCUGAGGAGGGUCUUUACACUCCAGAAGGUCAUCUUUUCUAUCAUGCCAACGUUUUUCCUUUGACAAAAGAUCAAUUCGAGCGAACGGAGGCGCACGGUAUCAAUUUACGGUCAAAAAAGAACUUCUCACUAGAAGAAACUGUGAGAGUCUUCCAAAACUGGCGAAAAUACGCGGAGGAGAACGGACUGGAAGUUGAUAAAGCGCUGAAAUAUAUGGAGACAAGCAAGAAAGAGGAUAGGCACAUCGUCUGGCAUCGGGACACCCACAAUUUUUGGGUUAAACUUUGCGAAGGUCUUCCACAUCGUUCAGGUCAUUCUAUCAAAUACCGCGCUAAAAAUGUGCUAACGGAUAGCUUUUUGAAAACUCUCGACUGGGAGCGGCCCGAGGACCAAAUUCGAGAAAAGUACCAUAAACCCGAUAGUCAUGAUGAUGUAGAGCUGAAAAAGUGGAAGAAGUUUCUUGACGGUGAACACAGACCGAUUGAUGUGGCUCGCAUUAUGGGUACCACGGCGACAAAAGCUGCCGCAAUUAUGAACAAAUUGAAGAGAUGCGAAAAACGGGACGAUCCGACGAUGAUUCAGAAGUUUUAUGAAUCCGCCACGUCUUCCGGUCUGAAUCCUGAUAAAAUUCGUGAACACGUCGUAAAUGACGAGGAAACACAACUCGACAAUCUACGACAGCAUGUGAAAAUCAAGGAACUCAGUUUUCAUCUUCACAUUUCCAAUGAUCGAUGCUUCGAGUUGUUGAGGAUUGUCUUGAAAAUGAUUCUUGAGAAGUUUCGAGAAUCCAAAAAAGGCGGAGCAAUAGAUGACGUGGCGUGGAGUGAAGCGAUACGCGAGGUGUCCAAAAAACCAGAACUCGAUAGGCAUCAAUGCUACAAAGCUAUCGAGAUUUUCUGCCAAAAUACAAGAAACGAAGAUACAAAGUUUACACUGAGACGCAGCACGCAAAUGAAAGAGUUAAUGAAAUCCCACGGCAUCACUGGGUUUUAUUGCGAACUGCCUGAGUUCGAUCAUUUGAAUCAUCGAAUUUUCCACCUAAUCAUGGCGAGUUUGGAAGAAAAGCUAUUCACUCAUCUCCUCCGUAGUUUCCGAUUAAAUGUGAAAGUCCAUUUGCUUUUAUGGAGUUAUAAACGACUGGAAGUUUGGAAUAAGCUGCCGGUCGGCAAAGGUCAAAGUCGCUACGAGGCAGUUUUGGAAUUCGAACUCGCCAACCCAUUGGUCAGCGGUAUGACACGGAAAUUUUUGAAAUAUGAAAAAGUUGCCGAGUGGAUCAUGGAGCCUCGGCCACUGAAACGCAGACGGAAUGCUGACACUAACCGGAGAGAAGCUAGUUUCGAAGCAUUCAUUCUCUAUACUCAUGUAAAAUAUUCUGGAAAAUUCAAAUUUCCCGCCAAACUAAGCCAUCUGUUCUCCGCCAAAUCAUCCAACUUGAUUCAGUCGUUACUUGCCGAAACGAUGGAUCCAAAGAAUGCUGAAUAUGUAACUGCGAAGGGUGCGAAGAGGCAGGUGGAAGAGGCGGCCGGAAAGAAGAUUGGCAUGAAAAUCAGAAAUAAGAAUAUCAUCAUGAAACAUGGAGAUUCUGAUGAUUCUGAUGAUUCUGAAGAUGAAACACCAAUCUGA